UUCGCCAGAACGUAAAAAAAAUAUCACUAUAAAAAACAAGGGAAGAUUAUUCAAAAAAGCGUUCUUCAAAUAUUACAUAAAUUCGGAUUUAUUUUAUGCAUCAUUGACCGAGAGGAGCAGCGAAAGUUACGUUUCUAAUAUAGGGGCUCUUCGGUCUGUUUUGAAGAAGGAUAAAGAAAAUAAAAGGAAACAUUUCCGAGGAGAAUCGUUAUCAGAUCACGUGACAAAUUCGUGUAUCUUCAAAAGGAAGGAGCAAAAACACGAGAUCACAAGAGAGAGUCCAACAAGAGUAACUUUUACAGAAGCCACCGCAAGAGCUAAUAUGCAACUUGGUCUCGAAAUUCCCGCCCCGCAAGCACGGCAAAAGCAUACUUUUGUUGACGCGAGCACCAUCUCUCGGCCGCGGAUAGAACAGGGUGGAAAAAGACAUAUUACUAACAAGUAUAAAAACAGAGCUCUCAUAAACGAAAGAAAAUAUCAUCUUAACAGCAAAAAGUAAUAAGAAAAUAAUGGAGGGAAACGGCUAUAAAUCAAAGCGGCAAGGAGCGCACGCUGCCCGCCCUUCGGGGGCCGGGAUUGGCUGCCGCGGCGGGGCCGGAACCAAUCGCAUCGCGCCCUCGCUCGGGGGGCCUCAUUGAGAUCGCCGGUCUCUCCCUCCCCAGCCGUAAACAGAACGCCUCCAUAAAGAUACCUCGUAGGGCUCGCGCGGCUGGAUAUUCAGUCCUGCUGUGUGGAUGCACUGAGUCGGUUUAUUCGAGUGUAUUUUCGUUUUUUUUUGUUUUUGUUUUUUUUUAGUUCUUAUUUUUAGUUUUCCGUUUUUAUUUCCCCCCCGGCCCCGACCUUUAGUUUCUUUUACGUCCACCCCGGCAAGAAAAUCGUGUUUUCGUUUGUUUCGGAAUUUUCUCGUUUUUCGAACCAAUCGCGACGCGCGCGGGUCAACCGUGAUAACAGCUGUUAUCAAACUUUAUCGGCGGCGCUCACAUGGAUUUGUUUACAUCGGGAACGCCGCGCUUUCGUGAAGUGUCUCCGGGUCGCAGCCAGCUGUGACCGGAAAAUGUGCGUUUGUGAAAACGAGUGCAUCGCAGGAAACUUAGGCAGCUCCUCGGAAAAUCUCCUCUUCAUCAAGUGUGCCAAGUGAUAUCCAGGAAUGUAGAAGUGCGUCUAUAAUGAAAAAAAUCAAAGUGAUCCCACGUACUUUCGAGUGUUUUUCAUCGUGAGGAAUCCCUUGCGAGUCUCAUCACCGUGCGCGAAUACACCCGACCAGAAAUGAUAAAUGCUUUUAUGGAACCCCCUCACCAUCACAGCACGCUAGCCAGCAUGGGUAUCAAAAUGUCUCCGACCCAUCAAACCGACCUGAGUGGAGCAGGUGGCAAUAUGCAGAACACGGGUGCAAUGCUAGGCAAUACUAUCUUAGACUCUAGUGGCGUGGACGGGCAACAACACCACUUCCACCAGAACUCCGGCUGGCCGAGCGCCCCCAACCACCACCACAUGCACCAUAGUUCUUAUGCUGCCCGGGAUUUCAUCCUCAGGAGCAGGGACUCUGUAAAUAACAGCGAAUACUCGCCUAACCCUUCGAUAAAUAGCAACAACGACUUCUUGUCCAGUUUGCACCACCAUCAUCACCACGACCCUCUGACGGUGCCGUCGCACCAUCAGAUGCUGUACUCGAGGCCGGACGCCACGACCGGAGGUUACGGGCAGGAGCCGAUGGUGCCGUACAACCCGAUGUCUUCGCCGCACCAUGGGGCGUUUUUUCGCUACAUGCGGCAACCCAUCAAGACGGAGAUGACCUGUCUGUGGGUCGACACCCCCGGCCCGCGGAAAAUCUGCGGCAAGUGUUUUACCUCGAUGCACGAAAUUGUGACGCAUCUGACUGUCGAGCAUGUCGGCGGGCCCGAGUGCACGACGCAUGCCUGUUUCUGGCAGGGCUGCCCCCGCAACGGCAGACCCUUCAAAGCCAAAUACAAAUUAGUCAAUCAUAUCCGCGUUCAUACCGGGGAGAAGCCUUUUCCCUGCCCGUUCCCAUCGUGCGGCAAGGUGUUCGCCAGGUCGGAGAAUCUCAAGAUCCACAAGAGGACGCAUACAGGAGAAAAGCCGUUUAAAUGUGAAUUUGAAGGUUGUGAUAGGAGAUUUGCAAAUAGUUCGGAUAGGAAAAAACAUUCUCACGUUCAUACCUCGGACAAACCUUACAACUGCCGAGUCUCAGGAUGUGAUAAAUCUUAUACCCACCCUAGCUCACUUAGAAAACAUAUGAAGGUUCACGGUAGCGGUGGUAAAACGUCUCCGGGCGGCUACGACAGUGACGACUCCAACUCAUCGUCGGCGGGAUCGAUUACGGUGACGGUGACCGAGAACAUCAGUUCGAGUGGAGGCGGCGGCGGUGGAGGCGGAGGAGGCGGCGGCGGGGGACGAACCCACAACUCCACCUCCAACAACAACAACAGCAGCAAUGCCAGCAACCCGGCCACGACGCCCAAUAGCAUCUUACCACCAACCACACCUCCUCACCAUCACCAGAAUAGCAAUUUAGAGUGGUAUGGAAUGGCGACGCCACCGAGCGAGCACCACUCACCGCUCAACAACCACCAUCACCACCAUCACCACUUCCCGAACCAUUUGAGCAGUCACUAUCAUCACUCGCUGUACCAUCACCACCAUCAUCACCACCCGAGCCCAACCACCGCAUACUGAGAUUCAGCCCCCACUUCACAACACUUGCUCGGCCUACCCUGGCGACCUUUGUAAAUUUUAGUUCAAUUUGCGACACAGAUCUGUAAGAGCACAGUUGGUCCGAGGAGGUUUUGUUCGUGCAGGAGUUUGCGGGAAAAGGGGAUUUUUAUCGCUUGCUUUUUCGGGACAUUUUAAUGCAGGGUAUUUUUUUCCAACGAAAUAAUAAAAUUGAUUGAUUUUCUCUGUUGGGCAUAAGUAAGUGAUUUUUGAGGUAAUCCAAAGAUAAAAUUCUGCACAUCGUCAACAACAUAAGCAUUGUCUAAGAAAAUCCCAUCGGAUUCAUAUAUAUUCUUGAAACACUGAUUUUGUUUUGCACUUAUGCUCAUUUGCUUUGUACGAAACGACAAGAAAAAAACUGUGCUGUUCCAGUAUUUUUUUCCUUGUUUUAAGCUUAUGUAAAGUAAAAUUCACACCAACAAAAAUAAUAUGGUGAGGCAAAAUGUAGAGUAAAGAUACAGCUUCAGUGUGUAAGUUACCCUGUUAGAGAAUGGACGAUACAAGGGAUACUUCUUCACAAUGCGUAAGGACAUUCAGUUUUACUCACAUAUAUAUGUAGACUGUUAUGCGGUUAAUUUUUGUGAGGAGAUUUUCAACUCCUACUUUUUUUGGAUAUCACUGUUUCAAAAACAAAGCAAUAGACCAAAACAUCAAAUAACAUAAAUAAUAAAUUUGCCAAAGUUCACUUUUUACACAUUUCACUUAGUUUUAAGGACUUCUACAGAAUUUUCAAGACAAAAUUAAAAUUAAUUUUUACCAUCUGACCUGGAUUUUUGAAACUCUUCAAUUGUCACCUAGUGACCUGCGCAACACAAUUUGUGAAGCUCUGUGUUCGAUUGAGCUUUCCUGUUCUGAUUCGCAAACUCUAAACUCGGAACAAGAUCUCCUAUGACCAUAUAUAGGCACGCUACCUUACGCAAUUAAUGUCUAAGGUUGAGCGAAUACUUUAUUGUGUUUAAUACUCCUCAGCUGUUCAUUUCACCAAAAGCAUCAAAGGUUGAACAUGUAACUCUAUCUAGUCUAAAUAAUUUAAAUAUUGCAGUUAGUUUCAAGCGAACAAAAGUGAAUUGCUCAAAAGAAAUGAAAGUUAUAAGGCAUCGUAAUUUAAUUGAGUUCGUCGAAAAUUUUAUUUAUUUUUGUUCCCAAAAACAAGAUUGCUCAUUUAAGUUUGAGGCUUUCACUAAAAAAUUACCAUGGUCGAAAAAUUGAGGCGAAAUUGCAAUGCACGUUCCUCCUGUGUUUAGUGACGUCAAGUGUUUUCAAAUUAGAAGUGUCCUCACUGGAUAUUUUUUCAACAAUGAGAAGAAUAGUCUUCGAGAAUGUCAAACCAUGGUGUUGGUUUGGUUUCUUUUGAAAAAAUAAAAUAGGAGCGGAAAAUUUGAAACACGGCACUCGAUAUACGCAUUUUUGCAGUUCCGCCGUCGUCAUGCUACAUAGUUUUGUACGUAAAGGAAAGUCAUUCAAAACGAUGAAUGCGUUUAUCGUUUAGCGUAAUGUCAAAAAGAAAUUUCAAAACUUCGACGCUUCCCUCUUUGAAUUAGCGUAAAAAGAAUGAGAAAUGAAUUAGACACGAAUUUUUAAAUCUAAGAGAGCAAAUAUUUUAGAUUCUGUUGGUGAUUAUCCAAUUAAAGUAUCUGUUAUUCAUCAAAUGCUCUUAUAUUAAUCUAAUGCACUUCAUUUAAUUUUUCAUUUUGCUUUGUCCACUUACACGCUUCUAGACAUUGGCUGUCUAAUCAGCAAAUUAUGUCUCGGCCUACCGAACAACGUCAUAAAUUUUUGUUUGAUUAAAAUGAAUGAAACGUAGUAACUGUAGUACAUGAAUUUCUGUUCUCUGUACUCCAUUUUUGAUGCUCAUGUCAAGUUAACCUUGCAUAAUUUGUGUGAAGUGGGGGUGUUUUGUUGUUAAGACUAAUUGUAUGAAGCAAUAGUUUUGACAACAUGUUGUGAAUAUUGUAUUUAUAUAGGUGUAUUUAUUGUCAGUGAGCCCAUACUCAAUGGGAUACUUCUGUCUCUCUUUUACCCUGUCUACAUCAUGUGUAGUCGUAAGAUAAUUAGGGUUAUACACUGUGAUAUUAAAAUUAUUUUUUAUCCGCAGAUUAUUCAAAUUUUUAUUGUUUAAAAUUUUAAUUUAUUUGUUUAUACUUUUAAGUUAAUCAGGUUGAAACUCAUGUCUAACAGUUCCUGAUAUGGAAUUAGCGCGUCAUGGAAUAAAAUGUCUUAAGGAAAAUGUCAUUGAUUUUAGAGAAAAAUUGAUUCUUAACUCGCUAAAACAAUUGAAAUAAAAGACCAUUCAUUCAAAUAGCUAUUUAAACCCUUUUUCCUCUAUUUACUUUGAUGUUGCAAUCAUUAAAAUGAAAAAAUUCACGCAGUCUGUCAGAAAAGAAGUUACGUUUUUUAAUUUUCUGUUUUAUUGUACCUGUAAGGACAUUUUAUUUUUUUACCGUCUAACCAAAAUACAUCCCCAAAAUGUAGGUUACAAAGUAACAUGUCUUCGAGUACAAUACUCGCUCAAAUAUUUUCUAACGAAAACAAUUUCUCCGUAGAAACCCAUGCACUCUCAAAAGGAUAAUUUACUUCAGUGUACCCCUCGAUGUUCCUUUCAUGUCCAAAUGUAUGCCGAAAUUGAUCCCGGUCCAAAAAUUUUUCACUUUAACUCAAUCUGUGCUUGAUCUCAUAUUGUAUUUAUUUUAUGUUAGCCCAAAAAAUACUCAUGAACUUCUAUAUCUAAAAUAUAAGAGCUAAAAUGUUGGAGGCUCGUCAACAUUUCAGAAAAGACAGCUUGUUUUCAAUCGACUAACCCCAUCUUUGGUGCAUACAAGUGUACAUCGUGUCGACGAGCUUCAUAGUCCGCCUUCGGUUUGUUGGCUAUGCAACUAUUCGUGCUCCCCUGGAGGCGGGAAGUCUCAGUCUCAAAUGAAGGAUUUCUGAAAGUUUUCUUUUUCCAAUCAUUAUAUUGGCAAUGAAUGUCAUAUGUGAAGACGACUUGUUAUUCAAACUAUAUGUUGUUCAGCGCACACUGAAAAAUAAGUUAUCACUUCCAAAACAUCUGAUCCAAAAUUUUCCCGCCAACAAUUUACGAUUGAAAAUGAUUGUAAUAGAUUGAAGCCCACCAAAAUUAAUCGGUAAAAGUGUUAUUUCAUCAUACUUUAAUUUAUGAUUUUAAUUUAGAGUGGCUUUUUUCCAUUGUUAUUUUUUGUACUUUUUUCUUUUGUACUGAGCCUUCAAAAACAUCACAGAUGAUGUGAUAAUAUUUGAGAGAUUCAUGUCCAUUCAAGUAUUAUUCACAUUUUCAAGUAGUCUAUGAAUCUUACAAUGGGGUUUCCUUCCUCCGUAUGCGAGAACUCUCAAUUUUCUUCAGUUUUCUUUGUAUUGCGUGUAUUCGUUUAUCGAAAAUAAACUCUAAUAUUCUGUCCAAAUCUGUCGUGCUUUAUAAAAAUUUUAUGAUGUAGCUAAAAUAAAUAAGAAUAAAAAUGAUUACGUGCACGUA